GUAUUUGGUAUGCGCAGUGCUUCGCGCGCUUGGGCUUUGGCAGAAGGAGGAGGAUGAGGUCAGUCAGAAGCCCGCGGAGUCCUGGGGCGAAUCCCGAAUCUGGCCGUUUCAGCCCUGGUCGGGGAAGUCCAAGGGACUUUCCACGGCCAGAGCCUUGCAGCAGUCCCCAGCACGCUUUGCCCGCCUCGCCGAUGGAACGCGCGUGGACAUUGUGGCGCAGGAGGUGCUGCCAAUGCGUUUUUGCUGUGGUGGUCUCCUGUCUGAGGCGCUUGUGCACGCCGUGCUUACGACUCGCCACUACCUGCUGGCCGAAGAAGCGCAUCAAGAAAAACGGAAGGCAAGUACUGAGACGGAGAGGUCUUCUUGUGGACAAGCUGCGAGAGAACGGUAAGACUGGUUCCCUCAUUGACAUGUGGGAGGAUAUAGCAGAACUGGGAGGCAAGCAAGUAGACGUCAUGCAGCUUGCGGUUUUGCCACGCCCCCUCUACAACGCUGUGCCCAAGCCUAAAGUGCAUCUGUGGCUUCGUCAACCUUGGCUUCGGUUGUUUGAGUCGCUCAAGGUCUGCGCAUUCACAAUUUGCGGCUUGUGGAAGGAGGGGGCCAAUCUAUCCCCAUUGCGAGUUCGCUGGCGCUGCCGCGAACUUGUCAAGCAGGCUGGUCGAGGGUAUCUCGAUCAGGAGGAUUACGCAGUGACUCAAAGCUCAACAGCUGCCACCGUGGCAUUGUUACUGCUUUGGCUGCCUGGCUGUUCCAUAUUCUCACUUCCCGCAAGGUAUUGCAACUCACCACCUCUCCGAAACAUGGAUGGUAGUUUGGACAUCAUGAAGCACAGGAUCCAGGAUUAUGUUGAGAAUGGCCUCAGUUACAAGGAAGCGGAGGUAGCUCUGCGAAAGUACUUGGCAGCUGGCGAGAAGAACCUGAAGAUACGCAUGCGGUAUCUGGCGCGUGCCAGAAAGGUUCAACAAUGCAUCAGUGUUGCGAUAACAAGCUGUUUGCUGGUUCUUGUGAGCCCGGUCACGAUGGGAGAUGGUGUGACUUGGGCAGCGCCAACAUUCUUCCUGCUUCUCUUCGCCCUGGCGACGGCACAUGCUCUGAUGGAGCGCUUGCUCAUUCCGUGGCUCUCACCCAUGAAGAUCACAAUGCUGUCCGUUCUCAGGGAGAUUCCUGAAGAAAUUGCUGUGAUGGAGAAGGUUCUGGAAGCCUACAGGAACUUCCCCCAGGAAGAAGUUGAGAGCUCCGAAGAUGGGGAGGAAUCCUCCGAUUAUUCCUCUGCAAAUGAAUCUUUCCUGGACGAAGACCCGGCGUCGGAGAACCUUCCUGAAGUCCUUGGUUCCAAGAAGGUGAAGAUAUUGGUAAGACCGAAAGCUGCAAGACUUCGCAUGCGAUUCGAGCUGAUGCGAGCACUGCCUGCCAGCGGCGCCCACCUCUUGCGGUAUCAGCGUGAAGAACCGCUGAAGUAUGGGCGCUUACUGCGAAUUCCUGGACUUCUACCUCCGCUUGUUCGUCGUGGUCUGAGAUCCAGGAAAGACAGAUACUAUAGCAGGAAAACGACCCAGGACAACCUUCGGCAGCCAAGAAGUGCUGCGCGCGAAGUGCAAACGUACAGCUUCUCACCAACCCCGGAGAGCGACUGGAACCAUAAAGAGCCUCUUUUCCGGCUGCGUCGGAGCCAUUCGCUGGGGACUGGAGUUGCUUUCGAGAACAAGCCAGAGGAACGGGAGCCCAGAGAUCACUGGGAUCUCCAUUCGGACAUCUUUGAUGAAAGUUCCCGCUCUGGCAUCCCAUGGAUGCCCAAAGUAUCAGAGCGAAUGCCCGAAAGGGGCUUGGUGGAUCAGUUUGAGAUGGUUGGCACGUUUAAACCUCAUGCCCAAGCUCGGUCUAUCAAGGAGGUCGCGCUCACUGGUCUUAUCAGAGACACGCGGCUGGGUGAUAGACUAUUAAAGACAUUUGCAGCUGUGACUGGCAUGGAGACAGUGCCUCAAGACGUCUGGCAGGAGCCAGUCGAUGAAGCUCUGGAGGCAGAGCACUACAAGGCCGUGGAUCCGAAUGCUCUGUCAGUGCCUUCUGGUCGAAACUCUGGGCCAGACACAGGGGACACAGGCUCCGAUCCCACGCAAGCCCAAACUGGUUAA